AUGGCGACCUUCGAGAACCAAAUAACGGCUCGCCAUAUCCAGAACUACAGUGAUGCAACGUCCUUAGAGCCUCACUGGGGUUAUUACGAUCGUGCCCUCCCAUGCACCAACGAUGCUGGCUCAUGCGAGUACUUGGAUCAGGUCUACCACAACCAUGACUUGGCCAUGUUAUACUCGGGGAUCUUAUGGUGCACCAUCGCCGGUAUUGUCUUCGCAUGGGCAGUGGGUCGAAGAUUUUGGCCUUCCAAACAAGCCGACGCAGUAGUUUUGGACGACGAGAAGGCCGCAGUGAACCCGGGUCCUGCGUCGAGGCUCAAGAGAUCGCUCGCUACCGCAUCAAGAUCAUAUCUUCUCCCCGACUCGAUACGGUCCAUAUUCGGCCGGACCACUCGACUGCAAGUUCUCAUCCUGGCAUCCUUGGCAGGGUAUCUGUUGAUCUGGAGCUUCGUUGGAAUUGAGUACAAGAAGUGGAUCACGCCUGUCAAGAAGACAAGCCUUUACAACACGAGAAGUAGCCUGGGGCCCUUCUGUGAUCGCAUUGGUGUUCUGGCAUAUGCUUUGACUCCUCUUUCGGUCAUGCUAUCCAGCAGGGAGUCGAUACUGUCACUUUUGACAGGUGUACCAUACCAAAGCUUCAACUUCCUCCAUCGCUGGCUAGGAUACAUCAUUGUCAUCCAAGGCUUGGUACACACGAUCGGUUGGGUCGUUAUCGAAGCCGUACUCUAUCAACCUCAGCCUACCACCGCCGUCGAGUGGAUCAAACAGACCUAUAUGAUCUGGGGCUGCGUCGCGAUAAUACUGCUUAUUUUGCUGUUCGUGCUCAGCACGCCUUGGGCAAUCCGUUUGACCGGAUACGAGUUCUUCCGCAAGGCGCAUUACGUGCUCGCGAUGCUUUACAUCGGUGCUUGCUGGGGCCAUUGGGAGCAACUCAAGUGCUUCAUGCUGCCAUCUUUGCUACUUUGGUUCGUUGACCGAGGUGCCCGGUACAUCAGGACUCUCUUGAUCCACUACCAAUAUUUGUCGGAUGGGUCCAUGGGCUUUCAGGCCGCUCAGGCGACUCUCACGCAUUUCCCCGAUGCCGAACAUGGCGACAUUCUCCGCAUGGAUUUUAAGCACAACCACGAGGCCUGGCAGAUCGGCGAACAUUUCUAUCUCUGUUUCACCGAGGGCAGCAUCUGGCAGUCACAUCCAUUUACGCCGCUUAAUCUGCCAGUCGUUAAAGACGGUACUGUGUCCCACUCAUAUAUACUUCGAGCUAAGGGAGGUGAAACCAAGAAGAUCGCGGAUCUCGCAUUGAAGAAACUUUCGGAAAAGACAGCAACCACCACACCCGUAAUAUUGACUGGUCCUUAUGGUGAGAGCAUCACAGAAACAUUAACACCCGAUGUCAAUGUUCUCUGCAUUGCAGGCGGUACGGGCAUUACCUACGUCCUACCAGUAUUAUUACGUUUGAUCCAGGAGCCAGGAGCCCGAGAUCGAAGGAUCGAACUGGUCUGGGCGGUGCGGAAGAAGGAUGAUAUCAAGUGGGUUCAGCAGGAACUGGACCUCAUUCGGGCGGCUAGCAAGUCGCAUGGUGUCGCGGUGCAUAUUUUUGUGACCCGUGAGCAAAGUCCAGCGCCAUCUCUACAAGACGGCAAGACCGGGAAUGAGACUGAGGGCAUCAAGGAAGUUGGUUCAGAAUCCUCUUCAUUGCGCUCCUGGGACGUACGAAGGAUAGGCGAGGAAGACCAACAUAUACAUCCAGAUCUGGAAAAGAAGGUCAACAGUUUCGUGGAGAACACGGUGCGCGGUCGAACCACGGUCUACGCAAGCGGUCCUGGAGGUAUGAUCAGCGACUUGAGGACAAUUGUUGCCAGCUGCAAUUCAGCGGCAAAGGUAUGGAAAGGCCAUGAGCGCUUCGAUGUGGGACUAGUAUGCGAUGAUAGAUUAGAGUGGUAG